UCAACCACCGAACUUAUAUGGGAUUUCCACUUCAGGAUAAAACGUAUGGAUGGGAUGAAUUCUGAUUUGGAACAGCAUUAUGGACGUUUGCGGCGAUUCUUUUUCGGUGAUGAGCCGUGGAAAAUAGCUGCAAAAGAUUCAGAUAUCGAAAAACUUUUCCGGAAGAGGAAGGAACACAACCAUCAGGAGGAGGAAGAUGUCAUCGCAUCAUCGAGUGUCACUGCAUCAUCGAGUAAUAUGCUAGAUAUCCCGGACAGCUCCAAAUUCUUGCGCCAUCAUACGACUCGUUUAGCUGUGGAUAUUCGGGAAAAAGAUGACCUUGAAUUGAGAGAAGUUCCGGAACACGUCUUGUCCGAAUAUACUUUUGCCCUUUCAUCGUUUAUUGCUUACGAGAAUCGAAUGAAAUUCAAUCAGUUACGACAAUUGCGUAUUGCUCAAAAAAACUUGCCCAUUGCGGAAAAACGUGACGAAAUUUUGGAAACACUCCAAAAUGUAAAAGUUCUCCUUAUUGCUGGUGAUACAGGUUGUGGCAAAAGUACUCAGGUUCCACAGUAUCUUCUGGAUGCAGAUUACGAUCGUAUCGCGUGUACGCAACCACGUCGCAUUGCAGCAAUAGCUCUUGCUCGGCGAGUUGCCUAUGAAACGUUGAAUGAAUAUGGAAGUUACAGGAACAAUAACGCUGACAGUAAAACGUAUGUCAUUAUAUUGGAUGAAAUCCAUGAACGUAAUUUAUCCGGUGAUUUCUUGUUAGGACUACUUCGCAACUUGGUACGAAGGCGGGAUGAUUUGAAACUAAUUUUAAUGAGUGCUACCAUCAAUCUGGAAUUGUUUCAGAAUUAUUUCGAAAAUGCUCCAGUUAUCAAGGUAGCCGGACGCCUUUAUCCCAUUGAGCUACGAUAUAUGCCAAUAAAAGAGCAUGACCAGUACGAAUCGGAAAAGAAGAAAACAAAAAUUGAUCCGGCACCAUAUCUUAAUAUCCUUCAAAUGAUCGAUGCAAAAGUUGAUAGUAAUGAAAGAGGUGACGUUUUGAUAUUCUUGAAUGGUGUCUCAGAAAUAUCAACGGUUGCGGAAGCCUUAAAAGUCUAUGCGGAAACAUCGAAGAAAUGGAUUAUUCUGACGCUGCACAGCACCUUAUCAACAGAAGAACAGGACAAAGUGUUCGAUAUAGCGCCAUUAGGAAUUCGAAAAUGCAUAUUAAGUACCAAUAUCGCAGAAACAUCUGUUACUAUCGACCGGAUCCGAUUUGUUAUUGAUUCCGGAAAGGUGAAUCUGGUAAAAUUUGAUUCAAAAACAGGGAUGCAUUCACUUCGAGAAUACUGGACUUCUCAGGCGUCCGCCGACCAGCGGAAAGGUCGUGCAGGUAGAACCGGUCCAGGUAUAUGUUACAGGCUUUAUUCCCAGCAACAUUUUGAUAAAAUGGAUCCGUUUACAGUUUCUGAAAUUAACAGAGUUUCGUUGGAAUCACUUGCUAUGCAAAUCGUAAAUAUGAAUCUCGGAAUUUCACCACUUGAAUUUCCAUUUAUUGAAAAGCCGAAUAUGGGUGAGUUAGAAGAAGCAGUGGAAAGCUUAUGGAGGCAGGGAAUAUUGGAAGCUGGCAAUACGAAAGUUUUAACAUCUUUAGGCAAGAUAAUAGCGAAUAUUCCAGUGGAAAUUCCAGUUGCAAAAGUUUUAAUAUACGGUUGUGUUUUCGAACAAGUCGAGCCAUCGUUAACAAUUGCUGCUAGUUUAGCAACUAGUUCACCUUUCACCAAUCGAUCGUUUCGGGAACCGGAUAUAUUGGACCGAAGGAAAAAUAUUAUGUCUGAUAGCGGUGAUCCGUUUGCAUUGAUUAAUGCAUAUCGAGAAUUUGUGGAAGUGCAAGCUGAACGUGACGAUAUACGUCGAUGGGGUCGAGAAAAGGGAAUCGAUAUUCAACGCAUGCAGUUACGACGCCAGUUCAAAGACCUUUUAGAACACAGCGGUAUCCUGGAAGCAAAAAGUGAUGCAGACAGCCGUGAACGCCGUAUCAAUGCUGGUGAUAGAAAGCGUCUCAAUGAACUGAAGAAAGACGCUCGUUACGAAGUGAAGAAAAGGAAAGUAUUAAAGCCGGAAGCUCAUUUCGAUACACUAAUGGAUUCUGAAAGUUAG